AUGCAUGCUAUGGUCUUCGACUUCACCAUCCUCCUCACCAAUCAUCGCCUUCGCCGCCCUCGGUCACGGCCAUGCUCACUCCUUCAUCAAUCAUGGCGAGAUACAUCUACCGCCGUGACCGCUGUCUGCGUGCAACAAGCUGCUUCAUGUCCUCUUCGGCCAGGGGGUCAUCAGUUUCAGCCAGAAAGGCAAUCAUCUCAACUUUCUACAAAGAUGAGAUAUUCCUCCUUGGUGUCAGCUCUGAUUGUUUCUCUAGCCCAGCUUCAUUUCACCCAAGCCCGCCCAGCGAGUGUAUGGCAGUUUGACAUCUGGAACAGCCCCGCGCCUCCUCCAGACGAAGGUCCCCCAAUAUCAGCUGGUGCUUUGAGAGACAAAUCCAAGCUCAAGUACGAAAUAAUCGGCAUUGUCGGUUCCUAUAUCGUGUGGCUCCUUGGAACACUCUUUUUGGUUCUGUUCGUGGGCAAAAGACUGCGUCGCAAGACUCAAACAUCCAACCAGACUCUCAACAUGGAGAUCGUCAAGCCCGCUCCCCUCGGUAGCCAUCCAGGCACGAGCAUGGCUAUCGAAUCGCCCUUGAAAAGCCCCGGCAAGAUGGCCAGUCUGAAGUCAUGGGCCAGCGGUGGCAGAUCCCACAGCCACAAACAUUCCAAUGUUAGCCUGGCCACAACAAUUGAUGAAAAGAUCAUCGAGGCAGACAAGGCUCGCAACAUGGACGAGAUGGCCAAGCUCUAUGCCGCUGUUAUGAUACACGACGAAGAAAGGUCCAUGCGGGCAAAGGAAAGUGCUCAAACAACGCCCAGGACGGCGACCUUUCCUUUGACUCCACGAUCUCCUCGCACCAACAUGACCUUACCGCAGACGCCUCGAUCUCCUCCGGCACAUAUGACUCUACCUGGCACACCUCUAUCGCCAUACUAUAAGACUGACCUGUAUGCUCCUGCAUCCCCAAGAUCCCCGCAAUAUCCGCCAGAGUUUCAACAUCUACGAAACACUUCCCUGGAAGGGAAUGGGGACAACAUCGAGCCCAUCUCCCGAGCCCUCGUUCAUCCUCUAGCUCCUACUCCUGUCGAUGAUGCUUCGACACGGGCCGUUUCUCAGACGAGCACCCGAAAAUUCAAGGCCUCUCCUUUGUCUUUGGCAUCGACUCGAACGGACUCGGCUAACCAGAAUAAACGCCGGCCAAGUCAUAUAUCUAUCCGGGGUCAGCCAAUAUCUCAACCCAUCGCUUCUGCCACAUUUCAAGAGACAUAUCCUGAAAGACCGAUUCAAUCACCGCGGGUCUACACGCCCGGCCCUCCGCCACCGACACCUGGACAAACGGAGAUUGCAUCAGUCAUCGGUGAAGCUGAGCCUGACUGGCGUAAUGGCACUCCAUUGUCCUCUGUUCGGGACAUGAAUGGACCUUCCAGUAGUUCAAACAAUCUUCCUUUCAGACAGUUCUACGGAGAUGCACUGAGGAGUGCGCCGCCAACCAAAACGACAUUUUUGGAAAAACGGACAAGUAUCUUGGGCGUUCACCCCAAGACAGGCGUUCCGCAGACGCCAUACAGUCCUUACACGCCAUUUACACCCAUGACACCGGUGACACCACGGCACUUGGUGACAAGGGAGGAUAGAAAGCGUAACAAGAAAAAGGAAGGGCUCAAAGUUCUGAGUGAGGACGACCUUGUGAGGGACGACGAAGACAUGUGGGGAAAAUGA